GAUUUUUAUAGGCAGAUGGAUGGUGAUGGCAUUCAUGAUAAACUGAAAAAUGUAGUUGAACAAUAUGGUAGUUCUUGCUGGGGCUAUCAUAAAAUUUAGUGCUUAUUUUUCAUGCCUACUUUUCCAUGGUGAAUUCUGGUUUAGUACUGCCCGCAAAAUCCCAGAAGCAGUUCAACGAAAGAGGAUAAAAGAUCCCCAAGGGAAGCUGCUAUAUUGUAUGGACAAGCCUGUCAACCAAUAAAUGAUGCUUGAUGAUCUUGCUUGCAAGUUGGAAAUCAUGGCCUUUGUCUUAAGACUUAAGUUGCUAUCACUUUCUGAUGUUCAAAUCAACUCUCAUCAAUGAAACCCAGAGUGUGUGGUGAUAAACUGAACAUUAAUUAUCAGGUGGUUGAGGCAGCAUGAAAAAUGAAGUUGUUGUGGGCCUUGCAUUAGCAUAAGCUCCAGAAUGUUGGUGAUUGAUUUUCACGGACAUUCAGACCAUACCAUGCAAUUCAAUACAGAACUUUGCAGAGUAAGCAAGGCUCAUUUUCUGGGUCACUUUUGUCUCCUCUUUAGUUGCAAGGAAGAGAAAAGCUAAAGAGGUCAUUUACUCUAGCAAUAAAUGGACCCAGUUGGCUAUGGAGCCUGCUGGACCCUCUUUUGUAUUCCAUCCCAUACCAUGAGUUAGACUUAUGAUACACAAGUGGUGAAAAGAAAAAGGAAACGCCUUGAAGAUAUUUAUCUUACAUGAGCUCAUAUUUUCAUGAUUUCUUAUGGCAGCUGAGGGUAAAAGAUCUACUCAUAGUCUCCACUCAUCUUCUAUGACCUAUGUUAUGGUCUUUUUAGAAGCUGAUGCUUUGUGAGACAUAGUCAUGUCGAAUAUCUUUUAAAUAGAAAAAUUAUUAAAAU